UUGUAGUUGGCGACUGACAAUUGUGUUAAUUUUAGUCAUGUUUAAAUAUUUCUUUCUGCAGCCUAAAUAUCUUCUUUAGUGAUAACUUACUAAGAAAUAUUAGACUAAUUAUCAAUCCACAGUUUCACAAUGUCAGAGUCUUCUAAAUCAAAGAGUUCAUUGAAUCUGACCCCUGCACCGACGUUACAGUGUAAAGAUCUGCACGAAUAUUUGAAAAGCCGGUCAGCGCAGUUUCUGGAGACUUUGUAUAACUAUCCUACAAUAUGCCUAGCCGUGUACAGGGAACUGCCGGAGCUGGCGCGGCACUUCGUGAUCCGACUGCUGUUUGUGGAGCAGCCCGUGCCACAGGCUGUUGUAGCCUCCUGGGUCUCACAGGCACAUGCUAAGGAGCAGAUCAAAGCAGCGGAAGCCCUAUCAGAGCUGUCAGUGUGGCAGGACGCGCCAAUCCCUGGAGGCCUGCCCGGCUGGAUGCUGGCACAGUCCUUCAAGAAGAACCUCAAAGUUGCUCUUUUAGGAGGCGGUCGUCCCUGGAGCAUGUCCAUGUCUCUGGAGCCCGACGGCAAGGCUCGCGACGUGGCGUUUUUGGACGCGUACGCGCUGGAGCGCUGGGAGUGCGUGCUGCAUUACAUGGUGGGGUCUGCGCAGACUGAGGGCAUCUCUGCUGAUGCUGUGAGGAUCCUACUCCACGCUGGGCUCAUGACCAGAGACGCAGAAGACGGUUCAGCAGUGAUAACCCGCGCUGGUUUCCAAUUCCUACUCUUGUCAACGGCCAAGCAAGUGUGGCUGUUCCUACAACACUACCUCCACACAGCAGAGAAGAGAAGUUUGUCGGCAGCAGAAUGUUUGGCGUUUCUCUAUCAGCUCAGCUUCAGUACCCUGGGCAAGGAUUACAGUACAGAGGGCAUGAGUAACAACAUGCUUGUGUUCCUGCAGCAUCUUCGAGAGUUUGGCCUCGUGUAUCAAAGAAAGCGCAAAGCCGGCCGCUUCUACCCAACUCGCCUCGCGCUGAACAUCGCCAGCGUCCGCGGCGACGCCGAGAUAUCGCAGCCCGCCGACGCUAGGGGGUACAUCGUCGUGGAAACCAACUAUAGGGUGUAUGCGUACACACAGACUAGUCUACAGGCGGCUUUACUUGGACUGUUCGCAGAACUAGUCUACAGGUUCCCAAACUUAGUGGUGGGCGUGCUUACUCGAGACUCGAUCCGGCAAGCGCUUCGCGGCGGCAUCACGGCCGCGCAGAUCAUCAAAUACUUGGAGCAACACGCACACCCACAGAUGUUAAAAGCGGACUCUGGCGGCAUCCGAUGCGAGUCAGUGUUGCCUCCAACGGUCGUGGAUCAGAUUAAACUGUGGGAGAGCGAGCGCAACCGAGCCACCUACACGGAGGGCGUCGUUUAUAACCAGUUCCUUUCCCAGGCGGACUUCGCAGCGCUCCGCGACUACGCCCGCGGCGCCAAGGUGCUGAUCUGGCAGUCUGAGCGCACCAGAACCGUCGUAGUGACGAGAGCUGGACACGACGACGUUAGGAGAUACUGGAAACGAUACUCCAAACGAGAAUAACACCUGCAGUUCCUCCAGAUACUAUCCAUACUAAUAUCAUAAAUGGGAAAGUGUGUGUCCGUUUGUUUGUCCGUCUUUCACGGCAUAACGGCGACGAAUUGUUGUGAUUUUUUAAGUGGAGAUAUUAUGUAGUUGAAGGGAUAGAGAUUGACAUAGGCUGCUUUUUGUCCCUUUCUAACCCCCCACUUUCCAAAAAGGGGGGGGGUGGAAGUUUGUGAAGCUUUCCGCAAUUUUCGAAUUUAAGAGCGAAGCCUCUGAUGAAAGCUAGUACUAAAUAUUUCGAAAUAGUACAUUUCGAUACAAGUGCGGAAAAAAGGAAGUUCGAAACGAGUGGCGAUAAAUUUAGGCUACUUCUUUGUCUCUUUCUAACGCCAUCGAAGCCGCGGGCAAAAGCUAGUAUUUUAUACAUUUAACCGUUGCGUUGGAUAAACAUCGGUUCCUCAAUAGCUUCAAAAUCCAGAUCUCCCAAUCAUUCAACAGCGAUGGAUAUUCCGCCAGAAUGCAACACUACUUAUUUCUGCAAGAAUAUGAAAAGUUUUACAUAUAGCAAACACAGUUGACGAACGGUCUGGCGCAGUCGGUACUGACCCUGCCUGCUACGCCGCGGUCCCGUGUUCGAAUCCCGGUAAGGGCAUUUAUUU